UUCAGUAUCUUUGUCGAUGUUGCCUGGAACCUUACAUAUGACAGAUUUGACAGAUCUAGCGUGUGUUUGUGUGGUUACAAAACAAAUAAAGGAGCUGUUGGCAGAUUUCACCAGUAAGUGAAAAUCCCAGCCGUCGCCACAUUGGCCUGGGGCACCUGUUCUGUUUGGCACUUGUACAGUUCUUUUAGACUACAUGUGUAUGCACUUUGUAUGUGUGAGGCUGAUUGUGUGUCCAGACACCCUCAUGUUUUGAGUGCUUGUAUUUAACUUCAUACAUAGAUGUCACUGGACUGUGGCCAGACAUGCUGGACACUGGUCUGAACUUUGUACCAACCUUGUAAUUGAAUGAUAUCAGCAUUUAUCAACCACAUGACAGGCACUUUCUUAAAACUAACACCACAUCACUCAUUGUAUUAAUCACCCACAUGUAAUACAAAAAUACUUGUGUGUGUGUGUGUAUGUAUAUGCAAUUACAAAUUUAAAAAACUUAGAAAAACUUUUGGAACUAACAUUGCCAUUACAUAAAGGUAUUGUAUCUAUUGAUAUGCAUUUUUGGUGCACAACCAAGUGGUUGUUGUAGCAAAGAAAUUGUAAAUUCAAUAUUUCAAAAAUAGUAUGCCAGCCAGGCAUCUCUUCAGUAAUACUAUCUGUAAAAAUAUAUUAAUUUCAAUAAACAAGUUGUUUUGCACACAUCCCAGUGCAGGGUGAGCAGUCUGUUAUGAAAGGAUGGGAAAAUAUGGAGGAAUCACAGGGAGCAGGCAGACACAGCCUAGUAAGGCCUUUUAUUACCAACGUGAGAGUUUAUUUUUUUACUUCUCCGCCUCCUACUUAUUCCAUUCUCAGGUCUAGCCCUGUCUGCACUUUCACCUCGCAGAAGCGGAGGCAGGUGCACCACAAGCCUACUUUUUCUCAGCAUCUCAGAAGCUGGGGAUUUACAGUUUUAAAACAACUGCACAAAUAUAUUUUUCUGCAGAUGGAAACUAUGUGGAUUAUUGUCAUUUCUGUAAAUUGUUGGAUUUUGACAGGACAAGCUUUUGACAUUUGGACAGAUGGUGAUACAAGAGUACUAGGAUCACAUGAGUCAAACAAAGUGGAAAAAGCACCAAUUCUUUCAAACAGGGGCAAAAUAAGAGCUCUGGCUGCGUACGUUUUGGAAACAAAUGACACAGUAGAAUCACAUAAAGACAAGGACUUUGAAAUGGACCAAAAGAAUCAUCAAUGGGGGCCAAACUUCAAGGAGAUCAUCAGAAGUAAGAGAGGCACAUGGGGCAGAAAGCAAGUUGAGACUGUGGCAUCUACAGCCUAUCGAAUAUUAGGCCUGACACAACCUCUGAAGGGAUGGAGAAGUAAAACUGAAAAUGCCACCAGUGGACUCAUGUCUGCACUGAGAGACCUGUACACUGAAAAACUACGCCUUAUGGACAAGAGCAAAACUAAGGUAGAGGAGGAAGAGGAGGAAGAGGAUGAUGAUGAUGAUGAUGAUGACGAUGAUGAUGAUGAUGAUGACGACGAUGAGGAGGAGGAAGAGGAGGAGGAGGAAGAAGAAGAAGAAGAAGAAGAAGAGGAGGAGGAGGAGGAAGAAGAAGAAGAAGAGGAAGAGGAGGAGGAAGAACCUACAGAGGUCCCCAAUAACCAAACAGAGACCCACAGCAGUUUGGGAUCACCCCUGCAGCCUACAGAGUGUGUUGCUGCUGAUGGGGAGAUCAGCUGCAGAGGCCUGGGCCUAAUUCAGCUGCCAAACAUCAAGAGCCUGGACAUCACCAAAAUGGACAUGACAGGUAAUAGACUCAAAAGCAUACUGCCAAAAGACUUCUCUGGCCUGACAAACUUAGAGACACUGGACCUGAGCAAAAACGAUUUAGUGGAUGAGGCAUUGAGUCAACGUCCCCUUUCUAAUUUGACUCUUCUAAAGAUGUUAAACCUGGAUGAUAACCUGCUCACCACAAUACCAGGACUUCCAGCAUCUUUGGAAAUGUUAUCAAUGAACAACAACAGACUCAUGAAAAUCACCCCUUACAGUUUUAGAGGUCUGACUAACCUUGUGAGUCUGGAGAUGGAGAAAAACUUGCUUCAUGAGGGCGCAGUCUCACCUCAGGCUUUUAAACCUUUGGUGAACCUCCUUCAUCUUCAGCUUGACAAUAACCGCUUUAGAUCCUUCCCCCUGGGCCUCCCUCCCACUCUGCAGGAGUUGGAGAUCAGUGAAAAUCUCAUUGAAGAGAUGAGAGAGGAGGCACUGAGGGGCUGUGUCCAUCUGACAGUGUUGGACAUGAGCCACAACCUGCUGAACCAGGGAGGCAUUGCUCUCAACACUUGGAGGCAUGCACGUUCCCUUGAGUCCCUGGACCUGUCCUUUAACAAGUUCACCUCCGUACCUGCUGGUCUGCCCCGCUCACUGCUUAAAGUGACCCUGCACCACAACAACAUCAUCAGUAUCCCCGCCUUCACCUUCAGACACAUGCGCCCCGGGCUGGCCUCGCUGCAUCUUUCCCAUAAUGCUUUGGGGAACCAGGGGGUGGAGCGUCACUCGUUUGUGGGCACAUACCGGUCCCUUGGUGAGCUGCUAUUGGACAACAACAGUCUGAAGGAGAUCCCCCGAAGUGUGAGGCAGUUCAAGAACCUGCGAGUACUCAGGCUGGAUAACAACCAGAUCAGGCUGGUGAACAAGUGGGGAGUGUGCCAUCCUCGAAACUCAGGAACCACCCUGGCCUCCGUCCACAUUGAAAACAACCAGAUUGACGUGGAUAAAAUCCCUCAAAACGCUUUCAGUUGCCUCACUGAUGCCAAAGGACUGGUCCUAGUUCCACAAAUGGGAUAUAAUGGUAAACAUUAGUAGUGUAAAGGCUAUUAAAAACUAUAAGGCCCAUAUUGUUUUCUGAUCUGUUAUAAUGUUGAUUUUGUUGAUUCUGUUUUCUUUUGUUUAAUUCACACAUGUUUAACACACAAAACUUGAGUUCUUCUCUCAAACAGAAAACACUUUGUUCCACCUUUUCAUAUGUGGUAAUACAGGAAAAGCUUUUUUAAAAAACUCCAUACACCUUCACUAGACUUAUUUGGAUCAUUUCAGCCCUGAAAUUUCCAAACUCUCCAAACAAAAGUUGAAUGAAACAAAAAUCUAGGAUAGUAAUAUUGGAUCUUUAACUGCAAUGUCAUUAAAGUCAAAGUAGUGUUUUUAUAAAGUAUUGUACAUGUGCACUCCAGAUGAUAUAAUACACAUAUUCGUCACUAGCAGAGGUUAGGUUUAGAGGUAAAAAGUAUAAUAAUAAAAAAAAACCCAUCACAUUGUUACAUCUUUGAAAAAUAAAGUCUUCCUGGCUUCAUGUUUACUCUUCAAUGGAUUCUAUAUAGGCCUAGUAAAAGUAAGACUUGUCAACAGUUACACCAGCAGAUAUAAAACACUAGUUCAGGAACAUUUACUAAAUUCUAUGGAUUAUGGGUCUACAUGUAAUAUUAAGUCUACAUUGAUUCGUCUUAUAGCUGUAUAGUUGUUUUCAUUUAGACCAAAAAGCCAUUGUUGGAAUAUGUGAAGCCUGUCAGGAAGUCAAACAUAAACCUGUACCACUCUUGUAUGACCAGAUGCUCGCCAAAAUAAACACCCAUCAGUAACUAUUGUGUGAAACUCACAUAUUUUCACAUGGAUCCCUACAGAUGUACAGAUGGCCUCCCAAUGUAAAGCGUAUUGUGUCACGCAGGGUAGGAUCACAUUCAGUAAUUGUGUUGGAGAGUAUAUGCGUGACUGGCCUGGGCUGGGAUACAUGUAGAGGAGUGGGAGUAAUUAUUUGGGUUAGCAGUGGGGGCAUUUGGGAAAAAAGUGAUGUUUGAGGGGACAGAAAAGCCAAGGAACUUUGUACAAUAUAGAGACUGUUCUGGGAAGGCCGGUAAGCUGAUUAGAGCAACAUGAGACAAGUAACUAGACGUGAAUCACAGAGGCAAAAAAGAAAGUGCACUCUGGAGUAAUGGCUGCUUUUUUGUUGAAGUUGUUUUUAUACUAUGGGAACUAAAGCCAUUGAAUUGUUUAGAGGUCCUAUGUUAUACAAAAAAAUACUCUAGUGAGCUUUAAGCCAUGAUAGAAUGCUGUUACCUCCUCAAAAACAUACCUGGAGUUGUAUUUUGUUUCAUUCACACAUGUAUGAGUAACACAUCUGUCUACAGCUCUGUCCAAAGCUCAAAAUGCUCUGUUCCACCUCAUGAUAUCAUAUAGUGGUAGUUUUCAGGUUGUGGUGUUAAACAGGUUUGUGUGUUAAACAGGUGUGAAUGAAAAAAUGUAACACAUAACAAUAACAAUAACACAGAUGAGAGAAUAGCGUGCUGUGGACCCUUUAACCCAAGACAACCAUAGUGACAAAAUGGCAUCCCAGAGUCUUUUCAAUGUCUGUCACUUAUGUAAACUGACUGACUGCUGUUAAGUUAAUUAAAAUGUAACAAUGAACCAAUUGUUCCGUCGCCAUCUUGGAUCCAAACCUUCUCACCCUUGACGAGGCUAGAAAAAAUAAACACCAGUGCACUUGCAUAAAUGUGCAGAGGAUUCAAGCUGAUGCAAGUGAGAGCAAUUGUGCUCAUUUUAAAGUGAAGUCACCUCUGUCUGAUCAAAAAGACUAAAUGCUAAAUUUCCUGUGGUAAUUAAAGCAAAACGGUGAUUGCAACUUACAAGCAGGAAGAAACAUCUCUGUACUUAUUCACUCAGCAGUCACAGUUGAGGUAAACUAUAAUAUACUUCAGUGGCUGAACUUGAACUGGGUUGAAAAUCAUUAGCAAGAAUGGUUUUAGUACAAUAUAGACAACAGGCUCUGGAGACGCUGUAGUAGAAAUAUUGACAAGGAAAUAUUGACCAAUUACAGUAUAGUAUACACAAAAUAUACACAAAACUAAUAGAUUUGUCUAUUUCAAUCAUAAGUAGAUACUGCAGUAUGUUUUGUAAGUACCACAAAAGUUCAACAGCUGAGGAUCAGAGGACCACGAGACAACUUGACACGGGGUGAUGCAGUACGGUAGGGGAGCUAAAAGAAUAUUAAAAGAGAGAUCGAGAUUCAGUCAAUUGUAUGGUUGGAUUUUUUUAAACAGCUAAUUUGUUUUGGAGCACAGUUUAAAUUUUGAAUAGAGAAGAAUAAAUUGGGGUAUUUUUGUGUUAAAUGGAACUGAUUGAAUCUCUCGUGAUCAUGUAAUCAGUGUAAUUAUGUAAUCAAUACUGAAAGCCAUUUUUAAAAAAGAAAAUAUAAAAUAGCAAUUAUUCAAUAUGAGAUUUUAGUUGCAUAUUUAUUUAUCUUUUGCCAUAUCGCUCCGUCUGUAAACUUUGAAUUAAUCUUACAUUUUCUGAGAUGAGGCAGUAGCAGAUCUGCACCCAGAGAAAAGAAUAGAGCAAGUUUAGAGUUUUGUCUGUCCAAAUACUUAAACUCAGAAUUCCAAGAAAAGUUUUAUAAAUAAGACCCCUGGCCCUUUAUAUUGGCAUGAUGUACAUUGUGAAGCUGAAUCGCGUUGCCUCCCCUCUCGGCCUGGGCGUGUAAUGACAUGUUAUA